GCCAGGGUCGGGCCACAGCCACAGUUCGAUGCGCAUCGGAAUCGGAUAGCAUGGAGCGCAGUCCAAUGGCCCUGCUGGGGCCCAGAUUCGAGGCGCAAACAGGAGUCAAUGGUUCCGUGUUGGAUAAUGUACUGCCCGAUAUGGCGCCUCUGGUCAAUCCUUACUGGAGUCGCUUCGCUCCCAUGGAUCCCACAAUGAGCAAGAUUCUCGGCCUGUUCACACUCAUCAUUCUGAUCAUCUCGUGCUGUGGCAAUGGCGUUGUGGUCUACAUCUUUGGCGGCACCAAGUCGCUGCGCACGCCCGCCAAUCUGCUCGUCCUCAAUCUGGCCUUCUCGGACUUUUGCAUGAUGGCCUCACAGUCGCCGGUUAUGAUCAUCAAUUUCUACUACGAGACCUGGGUGCUGGGGCCGCUGUGGUGCGACAUUUACGCUGCCUGCGGCUCCCUCUUCGGCUGUGUGUCCAUCUGGUCCAUGUGUAUGAUCGCCUUCGAUCGCUACAAUGUGAUUGUCAAGGGCAUCAAUGGCUCACCCAUGACCAUAAAGACUUCGAUCAUGAAGAUUCUGUUCAUCUGGAUGAUGGCUGUGUUCUGGACCAUCAUGCCGCUCAUCGGCUGGAGCAGCUACGUGCCGGAGGGCAAUCUGACCGCCUGCAGCAUCGAUUACAUGACGCGAAAGUGGAAUCCGCGCUCCUACCUCAUCACCUACUCCCUGUUCGUGUACUACACGCCGCUGUUCAUGAUCUGCUACUCCUACUGGUUCAUCAUUGCCGCCGUGGCUGCCCACGAGAAGGCCAUGCGGGAGCAGGCGAAGAAGAUGAAUGUCAAGUCGCUGCGCAGCUCCGAGGACUGCGACAAGAGCGCCGAGAGCAAGCUGGCCAAGGUGGCUCUGACCACCAUCUCGCUGUGGUUUAUGGCCUGGACUCCCUACCUCGUUAUCUGCUACUUUGGACUCUUCAAAAUCGAAGGCCUCACCCCACUGACCACCAUCUGGGGUGCGACCUUUGCCAAGACCAGCGCCGUGUACAAUCCCAUCGUAUAUGGCAUCAGUCAUCCCAAGUACAGACUGGUGCUCAAGGAGAAGUGUCCCAUGUGCGUGUGCGGCAGCACGGAUGAACCCAAGCCGGAUGCGCCCCCAUCCGAUACGGAAACCACAUCCGAUGCAGAGUCAAAGGCUUAACCUGGGGAAAAUACUCCUACGAGGAGAACUCGCAUCUACGCAAUUGCCUUCAAAAGGCACAAAAAUGUCGACGAGCGUGAAAUGCAACCAUCAUAAAAAUGAUGCAAAAAUGUACAAAAAAAAACAGAGAGGAAAUGGCAUUAAACCUGACGGAAUAUUGAACUUUA